CUGGUCGGUCGACAUUUUCGGCACAGCAGCAUCAGCGCUGACGUGGAAACUACGUGAGCGAAGGCACGGGCCGUUCACCCGUACUGUCAUUAGUGACGAGUCAGACUACGUAAAACUUCGGUGACCGACUAUGGAUAACUCGGUAUCGUCUCGGCUGGACGGCAGUUUAAAUGAUUCAGUGACAGAUGGAGAGGAAAACCACAGCGAGCUCAGCCCUUCUCCUGCAGCUGCACAGGUGUCAGCGGCAGAGGAGUCUUCUGGUCUCGUUGUUGGUGCGACUGGUCAAACAGUUCAAAUCCAGGGGGUCAUCCAGGCCCCGCAGACCUCUGUUAUACAAUCACCGCAAGUCCAGACUGUCCAGCUUGCUACUGUAGCGGAGCCGGAGGAUGACGAGUCAGUAACAGACACACGGAAAAGGCGGGAGAUUCUCUCCAGGCGUCCAUCAUAUCGAAAAAUUCUGAACGAGCUUUCAUCUGAUUCACCGGCAGUUCCUAAAAUUGAAGAAGAGAAGACGGAGGAUGACGUGCCAGUUUCCAGCACCCCCACAGCCUCCAUCUACCAGACCAGCUCAGGACAGUACAUUGCAAUCACCCAAGGGAGAGCCAUCCAGUUGUCUAGCCUUGGACUUCAAGGCCUACAGGAGGCUCCAAACCUGCCAGUCACCAGUAGUCCCACCCCACAGCCUGCUGCUGCUGCUGCUGCUGUCCUACAGUGUGCAGCUCAGCCUGGAGAUUCUCCACAGCAGCUCUUCAUCCAGGGAGGACAGGUGCUCAUCCAAGCCGCUACAGGAGACAUCCCCGCCUACCAGCUUCGCUCACCAAACUCGGGCCUGGCUCAGAGUAUUGUAAUGGCUGCAUCUCCAGGCAGUAUGCAGAGCCCCUCGUCACAGCACGCUGAAGAGAUCACCCGCAAGAGAGAGGUCCGACUGAUGAAAAACAGGGAAGCAGCUCGUGAGUGUCGCAGGAAAAAGAAAGAGUAUGUCAAAUGUCUGGAAAAUCGCGUGGCUGUGUUGGAAAACCAAAACAAGACGCUGAUUGAAGAGCUAAAAGCACUAAAGGACAUUUACUGCCACAAAGCUGAGUAGCAGCGGUCGCUUGUGGUCAUGAGUUGACGACAGUUUACAAACUUUUACAGCAAAACAAAACAAAACAAAAAAAACAAAAAAAGACAAAAAAGACUCUGGAACAAAAACUACUUUGAUUGUCUUUUAUUCUCUGCUCACUCAGGCCUGAUUUACGCCAAAUUCAGAAGUGUUGUAGGGAAGUCAAAUAGCUUGAGCUUGCCAGUUUCGCUCUUGUUCUUAUCUGUGCUCUUUGCAUGUGAAGACUCAAGUGUUGUACAAAUUGUGCUUGCUGUUGCUGUCGCGCACAAGCGAGGCUAACCAAUGAGAGCCAGCUGAAGAAGAGGAACAGGAAGAGGAAAUACAGGUGCUUCCUGAAAAUGUGCUGCUCAUUUAUGGCAAUUAUGAAAAAUCCUUCGGGGGGGGGGGGGGGUCAGCCAGGUCCCGUAACCAGCAAGUUUCUCUGAGGUCAGACAAGCUCCUACACCGAUCCAUCAGCACUGCAACAAGGCAACUCGAAGCGUGUUUACCUGAUUAUGUGUUAUGUGUUAUUUAUGCUCCUGUUUUCGGUCAUUGCAUUCCUUCAUGAGAGAAAACAGUUAAGGAGAUAUAUCAAGCAUUUUGUCAGUAAAGUGGUUUCUGGAUUUGCAUCAGUUUGUUUGUUACAAAAAAUCUUGAUUUGGUCAAAAAUGUGUCUUUUUUUUGUUUGUUUUUGCUUUUGUUCUUUUAAACACUGCUCAAAUAGAUAACAUCAAGAAAAAAAUCCACUUAUGUUUGGCUGUUUUUGCACAGAAUCAUCAAAUAUAUUUCAUACCAAUAGAGAGGCAUUAACUGAGUCACGGUGUACUUCAAAAGAAUCAAAGUUCAAAAGAGUCUUUAUUUUUUCAUCACUGAAGUGAAGUUAUAGUACUUGAAAUGAAAAGAAAGAGCACAGUUGGUCUUUAGAUUAAGCACAGAAAGUAACCAAGGGUGUGUGUAGAUAUUAUUAGAGUUUAUAUUCUAUUGCAGUUAUCUGAAUUUCACAUAACAGCAUAUAUAUUCUACAAAGAUACUUAAUGUACGUUUUAAAAAUUUAAAUACCAGAUUUGUAAACAAUUAUUUUACAAUACGUAUGGCCCCAAGAAUAACUGUUUUGCUCUGCUGAUAAACAAGUAUAACUUUUCGAAAUGAUGGAUAUCCAUUUUGGAAUAAAACGUUAUUUAUGGCUUAUUGUUAUAUUAAAAUGCUCUGUUUAAAGGGUAAUGCCAAUUCUUCUGUCUUUUUUUGUUCAUAAAAACAAUCUCAAAUGUAUCAUUUUGUGCUCAUGUUUCUGGUAACAUGGAGAUGCUUUGUCUGUUUCUGUUGUAGCUCUUUGUUUCACUGAUUAUAUUUUAUUAAAAUACUUCAUUUUCCAUGAA